AGGAGGGGGAAGGGGACGAGGGGGAGGAGGGCGGUCGUCCCGGGUUAGGUUGAGGCGGGGGUGUCGGUCCGUUCGGGGCGGGGGAUGACUCACGGCCCAUCCCAUCUCCCCGACGCCGCCCGCCCGCGCAGAACUAGUUCCAUGGCUUAGCGGAGGAGGAGGCAGUGGCGACCGGGGGGGGAGGGGGACUCUUAUUUUGUUAGGGGGACCGGGCCGAGGCCCGACCGGCCUGGCAGGGCUCGCCCGGGCCGGGCGUCAUGUCUCAUGCGGCCGAGCCAGCUCGGGACGGCGUAGAGGCCAGCGCGGAGGGCCCUCGAGCCGUGUUCGUGCUGUUGGAGGAGCGCAGGCCGGCCGACUCGGCCCAGCUGCUCAGCCUGAACUCUUUGCUUCCGGAAUCUGGGAUUGUUGCUGAUAUCGAAUUAGAAAACGUCCUUGAUCCUGACAGCUUCUACGAGCUCAAAAGCCAACCCCUACCCCUACACUCAAGCCUCCCAAUAUCACUGCAGGCCACACCAACCACCCCAGCUACACUCUCUGCAUCGUCUUCUGCAGGGGGCUCCAGGACCCCUGCCAUGUCGUCAUCUUCUUCAUCGAGGGUCUUGCUGCGGCAGCAGCUCAUGCGGGCCCAGGCGCAGGAGCAGGAGAGGCGUGAGCGUCGGGAACAGGCUGCAGCGGCUUCCUUCCCCAGUCCUGCACCUGCCUCUCCUGCCAUCUCUGUGGUUGGUGUCUCUGCUGGGGGCCACACAUUGGGCCGUCCACCUCCUGCUCAGGUGCCCAGGGAGGUGCUAAAGGUGCAGACCCACCUGGAGAACCCGACGCGCUACCACCUACAGCAGGCGCGCCGGCAGCAAGUGAAACAGUACCUGUCCACCACACUUGGGCCCAAGCUGGCUUCUCAGGCCCUCACCCCACCGCCAGGGCCCACUAGUGCCCAGCCGCUGCCUGCGCCUGAGGCUGCCCACGCUACCGGCCCCACAGGCAGCGCUCCCAACAGCCCCAUGGCGCUGCUCACCAUCGGGUCCAGUUCAGAGAAGGAGAUUGAUGAUGUCAUUGAUGAGAUCAUCAGCCUGGAGUCCAGUUACAAUGAUGAGAUGCUCAGCUAUCUGCCCGGAGGCACUGCAGGGCUACAGCUCCCCAGCACACUCCCUGUGUCAGGAAAUCUUCUUGAUGUGUACAGUAGUCAGGGUGUGACCACGCCAGCCAUCACCGUCAGCAACUCCUGCCCAGCUGAGCUGCCCAACAUCAAACGAGAGAUCUCUGAGACCGAGGCAAAGGCCCUUUUGAAGGAACGGCAGAAGAAAGACAAUCACAACCUGAUUGAGCGUCGCAGGCGAUUCAACAUUAACGAUAGGAUCAAGGAGCUGGGCACUCUCAUCCCCAAGUCCAGUGACCCGGAGAUGCGCUGGAACAAAGGCACCAUCCUGAAGGCCUCUGUGGAUUAUAUUCGCAAGUUGCAGAAGGAGCAACAGCGCUCCAAAGACCUGGAGAGCAGGCAGCGAUCCCUGGAGCAGGCCAACCGCAGCCUGCAGCUCCGAAUUCAGGAGCUAGAGCUGCAGGCCCAGAUCCAUGGUCUGCCGGUACCUCCCAGCCCAGGGCUGCUCUCCCUGGCCACGACUUCAGCCUCUGACAGCCUCAAGCCAGAGCAGCUGGACAUUGAGGAUGAGGGCAGGCCGGGCACAGCAACGUUUCAUGUAGGGGGGGGACCUGCCCAGAAUGCUCCCCAUCAGCAGCCCCCAGCGCCACCCUCUGAUGCCCUUCUGGACCUGCACUUUCCCAGCGACCACCUGGGAGACCUGGGGGACCCCUUCCACCUGGGGCUGGAGGACAUUCUGAUGGAGGAGGAGGAGGGGGCGGUGGGAGGACUGUCGGGGGGUUUGCUGUGGCUGGUUUGGGCUUCCUGCGCUCCCCUGCUCUGUUCGUUUUGGCCUGCUGUCUCGCUGGGUUUCCGGGGCUGCGGCAGCUUGCUAUUCUGCUCUGUGCUUUGUUUUUUCCCCACUUGUGUGUUUCAUGCUGGCACAGUCGAGGAAUCAAAUAAUAGAGUUCCUAGCCCUGGAGGUUUAAGCCCUGCCCCUUCCCCAUGAGCCCUGCCCUGCCCAGGCUAGGAACAGAAAUGAGGAUGAGACCCAGCCCCUUCCCCUGGGAACUCAGUCCUGGCCUUCUAGGAAUGGAGGAGCCAGGCCCCGCCCCUUCCCUCCAAGGACAGCCCAGCGCAGGUAUUUCAGGCGUGGAGGAGUCAGUAGGACCAGGCCACCCUGCGUGGAGAUUGCAGCCCUGCCCUUGUCCCUUAGCAACAUCCCAUCCAAGCAUUCCAUACUGCAGGGAGGAGUGGUACUUAAGCUCCCCCGCCUUAACCUGGGACCAACCUAAUCAAACCUUAGGAGGGUUCUGAGACAACCUUGCUCUUGGAGAAGGUGGUGGAUCUUGAAGUCUUACGGAUUGACUUUCCAGACCUAGAUCUGGAAUGAGAGUUGGGCCCCCACCCUUGGGCACAGUCUUGCCUUCUUCCUUGAGGGGCAGUUUGGGGAAGUGAUGGGGAUCAGCGAGGACUGAAUCCAGGUUCCCAGUAUUGUUUUUCAACAUGUAGAGGAACAAGAUGAAGGAAGGGGCCAUUCCUGGGAGUUCCUCAGCCCAGGAAAAAGUGGAAGCCUCCCCCACCAAGGCAGAUGAUUGGGGGAGGGUUGCAAAAGCAUAUGGUACCCCCUCGUUUGUUUAUCUGGUUUUUUUAUUGACCUCCCUACUCAGAAGCUAGGUCACCCCCAACCUCUGGCCCCCACCCAGUUCUCCAUUUGGAGGUAUCUCCCUGUUUCAGAGUUAUCAAGAGACACUCCCUGGCCAUUCCCACCCCUUCUACCACCUACACCCAAGGUUGUCAGCUUUGGAUUGCUGGGGCCAGGCCCCAAGUAGGGUGUACUGAGGGGUCUGUAGGUUUGUGAUUAAAAUAAUAAACGCUAGGCGUGUUUGAUGCGCUUUUAACUUUGGCA